AUGGAUGACAGCUUUUCCAACUCGUUAUACGAAAUCGAACAAGCGGCAGUAAUACCGAAUGUAGAUAAUGCUAUUAUUUGUUCUUGCAGAGGAAUUUGUUUAAGAUCUAGUGGCCACAAUGCGUGCCCGUGCAAAGGUAUUGACCAGUAUUGUUUGUCAGCAUGUCAUGGCGAUAAUUCAAUAUGUCUCAACAAUCAAAAGACUUUGGAAAGUGACUCAAGUGAUUCGGAUUCUGAAGAUCAAUAUACAGUAAGUUUUAAUAUAUAACAUUUGUGAUUAUAAAGCCAAUUCCUUGAAGGAUAUUUGAUGACGACGAAAACCUAAGCUCUCCAAUAGCCACAGAAACUGUCAAAGAAACCUCCUGCAGGAGAUCUAGAGGAAGGGGAAUGCACAGAAGACCUUGUGGAUAAAAAGGCAGAGGACGAUCUAGAGGUACUGGCAGAAGAGAGGGUGGAAGACGUGGAAGUCGUGGCAGAGGAAGAGUUUGAGAUUUGGUUGUGGAAGAUAAUUCAGACAAGAGAAUGGGUGCACAUGAUCAACAACUACAGGUACUUUAUAGGUGUUUAUUAACUUGAAUUUUGGUUGUACAAGCCAGCUUAUAUAUCCUUGCCUUUCAUGUAAUAUAUUUUGCUACCAGACAAUGUGUUCUACAAAACAUACACCAAUUCUAUAGUGUAAUGUGUAUUAAAAACACCAGGAAAUGGAAACAAAGCUUAUUUUAUAUUUGUUGUUUGAUGUUUGUUGUUGGACAGACAAUGUUGACUUCCAUGUGGUUUUGUUUGCACUGGCCCUUGCAAAGCAUGAUAGACAAGUACACUUAUGAUUUCAGCCCAACUGCUAACGUAUGAUAAAUAGCAGCAGUAAUGGUUGCAACUGGUAAUGGUUGCAUGUUUUAAAUUGUUUACUUCAUUGAACUUUUAUAAAUAUAUUGUUUUCAAAUUAUUCAGAUAUUGAGAAAUUAGCAUACCACUAUCUCCAGUUGUUAUGGGCAGCUUCAUCACUGCUCUUGGCCAACCAGGCUGAAAUUCCAGUCCGGGCUGGAAAUUACCCAUGCAUUCAGCCCCUGGCAGAUUAAUAUUUCCUGUAAGUCUUUGUAGUAGCUUUUGCUUGGGGAGAAAUUAUACCAAUUAUGUGUAAUUCAUAUAGGACAGUUACUAUAAUAUAAUCUCACUUGUAUGAUUUGGUCCAAAACCUUGAGCUACUCAGGAGACAACCUGCAGUCUUUGCAGACCUAGUUAAUGGGGAAAUGGUAGAGCACAUUCAUAACCAAGAACAAUUGCAACAAGAUGAGCUACCUGAUGCACCACCAGAAGAUGAACCACCACAAAAUAACAUACCCGACUGGUGUGAGUGUGGCUUGUGCCAAAAUAUGCCAACACAACAGAACAAAUGCUGUUCCAGCAGGAAGAUGCCAUGCAUCACAACAACUCCUCUAUUUCAACAACUUGUAUUGGAUGGGAACGUACUUAACUUGGCAAUGUUGUACAGAGAAGAUGUAUUGGUCAUGGACCAGCCGCGAAACAAUGAUAACUUCAGGCAUACUGCAUAUAGGCAGUAUGUCUUAUGGCAGCAUGGCCGAUUGGGCAAAGGGAGUUGUUCCAAGUUGUUGUGUCUUGGCAAUACGGUCAAGGUACCCAUCGCCAAAUGGUGUGUAUAUUGGAUAUCAUCCAGCUAG